GUUCUUCACAUUCAACGCUCCAAAGAAGGCUUGAAUCAGUGAGUAGAGAGACAAAGCAGUGUGUUUGACAAUGGCGUUUUCAUUCUCAACGCAAUUGGUUCAAUGUCAGAAUCCACUUCCUCGUUUUUGUCAUCUACAGGGUAAUUUUAGCCAAGAUGUGUCUAAGGUUCAAAGGUCACAUAUGGUCUGUAACGGUAACAGAUCGCAGCUUGGUUCCAGUAAAGCAUUGGCUUCAAGAUCAUAUUAUGCCAUGAGGUUUUCUGUCAGGCAACAAUCUGAAGCAAGAUCAAUUGGAUAUAGAAGAAUGACUUGUGUCAAUGCUGCAGACAAUGUUCUAGAGCUGCAAGCCAAAGUGACAACCAAGUGUUUCUUUGAUGUAGAAGUUGGGGGUGAACCUGUGGGCAGGAUUGUUUUGGGCCUAUUUGGUGAGGUUGUUCCUAGAACAGUUGAAAAUUUCCGUGUUUUGUGCACAGGAGAGAAAGGAUAUGGUUACAAAGGAAGCUCCUUCCACCGUAUAAUCAAAGAGUUCAUGAUUCAAGGAGGGGACUUUACUGAAGGAGAUGGAACUGGUGGAACUAGUAUCUAUGGUUCUAGUUUUAACGAUGAGAGUUUUGCCUUGAAGCAUAUUGGUCCUGGAGUUUUGAGCAUGGCAAAUGCGGGUCCUAAUACCAAUGGUAGUCAAUUCUUUAUUUGUACUGUGAAGACUCCAUGGCUAGACAAUCGCCAUGUUGUGUUUGGACACGUCAUUGAUGGACUGGAUGUCGUGAGGACACUUGAAUCCCAGGAGACAAGCAGAGUAGAUAUCCCUCGGAAGCCUUGCAGAAUUGUUGAUUGCGGAGAACUGCCUACAGAUGAUUGAUCCGUAUGAGGAAGUACAUCAUAUUUUUCUGAUUUUAAGGACAAUUUUCAAUCUUUUGAUUAUCUCCUAUUUAAUCAUGAUGAUUUGUUGGAAUUAUCAUUGGUCGCUGCUGAAUUGUUUGUCAUUCAGAGAUACAACACUCAUAUUUUGUAUUGCUAGAAUCAUGCUAAAUCCUUAUAACGAUAGUAUUGUCUUUUCCUCU